AGUUUACAAAUUAAUAUUUAUGCUCACCGUCUUUAUUUAUUUACACACACACACACCCACCGAUCCACUCACUUCACUUUGCAUACCAAGCAAAAGAAGCUAGCCAGCUCUUUUCUAUCUCUCAGUUCACCACCAUGGCCAAGCUGGGCUCGUCCGCUUUUUUUGUUCUACUGUCCAUGGUGUUUUUGGAAAUAGUUUCAGGGCAACAAGUUAUAAACCCAUUUCUUCCACCACAGCAAGGUGGUGGUAGUGGUGUAGCUGUUAGUAGGAAAGAAAUGGUGCCUGCCAUGUUCAUAUUUGGAGACUCUCUCAUUGACAAUGGCAAUAACAACAAUCUUGCUUCUUUUGCUAAAGCCAAUUACUAUCCCUAUGGAAUUGACUUCAAUGGUGGUCCAACAGGACGCUUUUCCAAUGGUUACACCAUGGUUGAUGAAAUAGCUCAACUUCUGGGACUUCCCCUAAUUCCCGCAUACUCUGAAGCCUCUGGUGAACAAUUGCUUCAUGGAGUCAACUAUGCGUCAGCCGCAGCCGGAAUCCUAGACAUUACCGGCAGAAAUUUUGUGGGUCGUAUACCAUUCGAUGAGCAAAUAAACAAUUUCCAGACUACAUUGGAUCAAAUAACAGAUAAUCUUGGUGCAAAUGAUGUGGCUUCGGCUCUUUCAAAGUGCAUAUUUUUUGUGGGAAUGGGUAGCAAUGACUACCUAAACAAUUAUCUAAUGCCAAACUAUCCAACCAGAAAUCAGUUCAAUGGCCCCCAAUAUGCUGAUCUCUUGGUUCAAAAAUAUACCCAGCAACUUACAAAACUUUACAAUCUUGGAGCUCGGAAAGUGGUACUUGCAGGAUUAGGGAUAAUGGGCUGCAUUCCGAGCAUCUUAGCCCAAAGCCCAACUGGAAGCUGCUCAGAGGAAGUGAAUCAACUAGUUCAACCAUUCAAUGCAAAUGUGAAGACAAUGAUCAACAACCUCAACACCAAUCUACCCGGUGCGAGGUUCACUUAUAUUGACGUUGCUAGAAUGUUCCAAGACAUCCUCACUAACCACAGAGCUUACGGUUUUAGUGUAAUAAACAGAGGUUGCUGCGGCAUCGGCCGCAACCGGGGACAAGUUACUUGUCUUCCAAUGCAAACGCCGUGCCCGAAUCGCGAUCAGUAUGUGUUUUGGGAUGCAUUCCACCCCACAGAAGCUGUGAACAUUUUAAUGGGGAGGAAGGCUUUCAAUGGUGACUCUACCCUUGUUUACCCCUUGAACAUAGAGCAACUUGCCAAUCUUGAGAACUAGUGGAGAAGUUUUAUGAUUUUUAUAUACCCUUUUGGGGUUUGUCCAUUUGAAACUUUGAAUAGUUUGUGUUUAGGAAAUAUAGAAGCUAGUUUGGCAUGUACUGAUUCAAUUGCAAACUACUUUGGUUUGGGUGUGCCACUUAUAUAUAUAUUUAGUGAAAGAAUUCAAUUGUCUCUC